AUGGAGCCAGUUCCCGAAACGGAGAGGAUGGAGGAGUUUCGACCUUCCCCUCUUCCGAGCCUGAGACUUCCGGCGACCACAUCACUCGCUCCCGAGUUUGACUCCCUCCGAAAACCUCCUACCAUCCGCCGAUCGACUGAUCCGUCGCCGUCCUCCCCCAUUUCCCCGUCCUGGAUGCCACCGGCUCUUCCCCAUCGACCCCGAGCGUCUUCGCCGUUGUCUAGCAACCACGUCAGAUCACGGUCGGCAGCAAGCCUGGCUCCUCCCAUGGGGCGCACCCAGUCUAUGCCCGGCACAAACGCCACAGGCCACCUUCUAUUCUCUCCCCAUAUCCGCCCACAGAGCCCGUCGGGGUCACCCAGCCGGGUCCGCCUCCCCCGAAAGCCGGUCGACGAAGGCUUUCCUUCCUCGCCGACUCGCAUAUCCGUUCUCGACCCUGAGCGAAAGAUAUCAGAAGGGAGCAGCUCGCCCAAUCAAGCAUUGGGGAUCACCCCCAUCGCAUCGGUACCAAAACUGCGGAGACCAUCUUCCCCGCUCAGUUACGGAUACUACCCGUCCUCCUCUGUGCCCUCGACCCCCACGUCCGCCAGAUCUAGGAGCCCCAGCAUUUCCAGUCUCGAGACCAUCCCGGAUUCCCCGGAUGCCGAAGAAGCGGCUCUGGAGUCGGAGAGGAUCGCCCAGCUCAAGGCCGCUGCGGACGCCGCCGAGGGCGGAGAAACCAAGGGGAGGGGCAGUUUGGAUGUGCCCACUCGCGGCCGGACAUUGAGCGGUUUCGGUUCGCGCGACAAGAGAAAGCGAUGGAGUGUGUGUGGCGCCGAAAGGCGGCAGGAUCUGGACCUGGAGACCAUAUGGGAGGAUUGA